AUGUCACAGUCACAAGUGCCAUGUUCCCAAGUCUUGGAACACAGGUAAAGGAGGUUCUGCCUGGCUGGCUGGAGAAUCUGAGGAGGAAAUGGCAACUGGAAGCAAGGAAGCCAUGGCAAGCAAGGUUUGUCCACUGCUGGCAUGCCUCUCCUGAACCUCCCUCUCACGUAUUCUCUCCUUGUGUUAAUUUAUUUACUCUAAAUAAUUAUCUCGUCAGCUGUGUUGCUAUCAGUAGUAUAUUUACCUACCUACAUAUACACCCAUACACGGCAGCAGAGAUUUUUUCACUGUUGUUGCUGCAACUACUGAAUCUGCAAUGGCUAGGUCACCAGGGCUGAGGAGGUGGAGGGCCCUGCUUCUGCCUCUGUUUCUCAUCUUCUUCUUCUCAGGCACGACGAGGCGCACGGAGUCGGCCCGGGAGUUCACGCUCAUCAACCAGUGCAAGACGGAGGUGUGGCCGGCGGUGACGCCGGGCGAGAGCUUCGGGGGCGGCGGGUACGCGCUCCGCGCCGGCGAGUCGGUGGUGUUCACCGCCCCCGUGGGGUGGUCGGGCCGCGUGUGGGGCCGCACCGGCUGCGACUUCAACUCGGCUGGCAACGGCACAUGCGAGACGGGCGGGUGCGGGACGUCGCUGCAGUGCGAAUCGGCGUCGGGGGCCGCUCCGGCAACGCUGGCGGAGUUCACGCUGGCGGCGACUGACUACUACGACGUGAGCCUGGUGGACGGCUUCAACCUCCCAGUGGUGGUGACCCCGACCCCGACGAGCGCGAACUGGACGGGCUGUGCGCCGGCAGGGUGCGACGGCGACCUGCGCCAUGGCUGUCCGUCGGAGCUGGCCGUGAAGGGCGACGGGGGGAAGGUGGUGGCAUGCCGGAGCGCGUGCGACGUGUUCGGGACCGACCAGUACUGCUGCCGCGGGCAGUACGCCAACCCGGUGGCCUGCCAGCCGACCUUCUACUCCAAGAAGUUCAAGGCGGCAUGCCCGGCCGCCUACAGCUACGCCUACGACGACCCCUCCUCCAUCUUCACCUGCGCCCAGUCGCCUGACUACACCAUCACCUUCUGCUCCAGCAACAUGAAGCAAUCGGUGUGCUCCUAUCGCGACAGCCGGCUCGUCUGCAGCGGCUCCGGCAGGAGCACCGCCUCUCCACUAAUGCUUGUGAUGCUGCUGCUCCUCUGCAGCUUCCUGGUACUGCGAUUUGCAUCCCCAGUGUGACUGAUUGGUUGAUUAAGGCUUAAUCAUCCAAGAGCAAGCUGACCUGACCCUUUUCCUGAUAUAGUUCUUUUUGGAUUUUUUUUCUACUAUGAGAAACAGAGAGUAGGUGAUUCAUGAAUCAAACUUCUGCACUGUCAGUCAGUCAGUACCAUUUGAAUUUGAAUGAGAGUUAUACAGAGAUAGCAUAAGUGAA